AUGCGACCAAAACCUUUUCAAGUUUUCUUCCUUCUCCUCUCAUGCGCAAAAGACAUAAACGCCCAUACUUGGGUAGAACAACUAUCCGUCAUCGCCCCAAAUGGGACUUUUGUUGGCGCUCCAGGAUAUCCACGAGGGAACGUCCUUCGCACCGCCUCUGACUUCAGCGAUACCACAAUGACCUUCUUGAUCCCCCCUUCCAGUCGCGCAAAUGUGACCUUAGUCCUACCCUCCGACAAACUGUGCAAGGACACCCAACAAGAGCGAACCCAGACUGCCGGAAGCCCCCGACUGCAGGCCAACGCAGGCGACGCAGUUGCACUUCGCUACCAGGAGAACGGUCACGUCACGCUGCCCUGGAACCAACCUGGGAAACCCGCAAAUCGGGGAACCGUGUACGUGUACGGGACAACAAAACCCAAAGUGGGUGAGAAGAUUCUCGAUGUCCACGGAGUCUGGAACAGUGACGGCACGGGGGGCGAUGGACGGGGCGUGCUGUUAUCUAAACAAAACUUCGACGACGGCCGCUGCUACCAGAUCAACAGCGGCAAUAUCUCGCAGGCGCGUCAACAAGAAUACCCACAUCAGGCCAAUCAACUUAUGGGUGCGGAUAUGUGGUGCCAGCAGGAUAUCAAGCUGCCCUCUACUGCCCCGACGAGCAAGUUGUAUACCCUCUACUGGGUGUGGGACUGGCCCACUCUCCCGGGCGUUGAUCCCACUUACCCGCAUGGCAAAACGGAGAUCUACACUACUUGCAUGGAUGUGGAUGUGAUGGCGUCUACAUCACAGAAGAUUGGGAACACUCGAGAGGAGGGAUAUGUCACUGGUCAGGAUCUUAACAAGGCUGCUAUUCCAUCGGAGUUUGACAAUCUUGACGACGUCCCAGUGGCGACUGGUACAACUGUUCAUCCAUCUUCUCAGCCGUCUUCGGCGAUUCCAUAUGCUCCAGAGUCAGCCUCUACGUUGUAUCUCACGUCGACAGAGGUGGUUCGAGUCAUUACUGUGACUGCCUGGAAAACAACCGAGAAGACCGUCACUGUGGGAGGCUGUGAAGCGAUCCCCACAGGGACUCCGAUUCCAAGGGGCAGCAAAAGACUGAAGAGAAAGGAUUGGAUGGCGUAG